AUGAACGGCAUCCCGCACUCCCAGUUGGCCCCUCUACCAACUCAAGUGCCUUUCCGCAUCGUCUCCCCCACAAUUGGUUCUGGAGCAUACGCAUGCAUCAAGAAAGCAGCCCCCGAAAAUGCCGAAGCCCCUGUCUUUGCGGUCAAAUUCAUCAAUAAACUUUUUGCUCAGAAAUAUGGCCGGAUCAAGCAAAAGCAGCUGGAGAUGGAAAUCUCCUUGCACAAGCAUAUUGGACUACACAGGAACAUAAUAGAAUUCUACGAUCAUGGCGAUGAUCCUUCUUGGAAAUGGAUCGCCAUGGAAUUGGCCGAAGGUGGUGAUUUGUUUGACAAAAUCGAAGCCGAUGCAGGCAUUGCGCAGGAUAUUGCCCAUGUCUACUUUACGCAACUCGUGAGUGCCAUUGGCUUCAUGCACUCCCGGGGUGUUGCGCACCGAGAUAUCAAACCCGAGAAUAUCCUCCUUUCAGCCGAUGGUGAUCUCAAACUUGCAGAUUUUGGAAUGGCGACACUGUUUGAAUACCAUGGCAAGAGAAAACUUGCAACCACCCUUUGCGGAAGUCCACCAUAUGUUGCCCCUGAGGUUUUGUCUUGUAGUACACAGUCAGGUACCAAAGGGACUGGCUACGUGGCCGACAUGGCCGAUGUAUGGUCCUGCGGUGUCGUUCUCUUCGUGUUACUAGCUGGAAACACCCCUUGGAGUCGACCACUGGAGGGAAGGGACGAAUAUGGUCGACCGAAUGAAUUCAGCGAAUACAUCGAAAGUAAUGGCAGACCCGAUGAUGAACUUUGGAAGUCACUGCCGAACGACGUCCUUUCGUUACUCCGAGGGAUGAUGAGGGUUCCAGUCGAUUCUCGCUUCACCCUGCAAGACGUGCGACGUCAUCCAUGGUUUACAAGACCGAAUAAAUUCAUGGACUCCAACGGCAGGCUCAGUGAUCCUAUCACCAUGGCUACAAACAUGUUCGAGGCUCUUCACGUGAGCUUCGAUGCCAAUCCUUUUGCCGGAACCCAGCGCAGCGAGCAGUCUGACUUUAUGGAUGUCGAUCGUUUCCCAGUGGAUAAAAUAUCGUCAACACAACCAGAUAUGCCUUCGGAAGACAUGCUGUUCGAUUGGGCAAGACCUCGGACUCUUGCUAUGGCAGGUACGCAAGUCGGUGCUGGCAUGGUAGGAGUUAGCGCGACGCAGUCGAUCGCGCGACCUCAGUUCUUCGACCUCGAACCAUCUAUGUCACAAUUUCAAGCCACUCCUAGUGUGCCGCUCACCCUGACGCAAAAUGCCCGUAAAUUCCGUGACAUUCUCCCUGCACAGAGUCUCACCAAAUUCUACUCAACGUGGGCCUUGAGCCUGCUCGUGCCACAUGUGCUUGAAGCACUGAGCCGAUUGGGAGUCCCCACCCCAAAUCUACCACGACCUUCAGCGCACGACUCGGAGUGUAUCAUAAAGAUCAAGACUCAAGAUAGCCGUGGCUGUCCCUUGAGUGGAAAUGUGGUGGUUGAGAUCGUGAGUGAGGAAGUCGCAGAGAUCUGCUUUGUCAAAGCAUCUGGUGAUCCCCUGGAAUGGCGUCGCUUCUUUAAGCGAAUCGCGGUUCUGUGUCAAGACGCAGUCCUGAAAUGA